UGGGAAAGCAGCUUUUGAAUCUCUAUCCUGCCCUCAGGUAGGAUGGGGGAAAUUCCAUUGCAUUGCUAAAGUCCUGCAUGGGGAGAGAAGAAAUCCUGUCUCCCUAACUGGACCCUUUUUCUAGAGAUCCUGCGUUGUCAUUCAGGACUCCACAUCGAUAGGUUGUAGAAGUGUGAGACCCCACCGUAUGGACUGAAGGAGGCUCAGCCUUAGAGGCUAAGUCGUCACCUGACUCUCAACGUUUUAAGCCUGUGAGACAAAUCUGAAGUGUGAAAGUGAAGAUGUCUGUUGGGGAGGGGGCAGGAACACUCCUACCGACGGUGAAGGAGAAUCUAGAUGCCUUUAAAUUGUGUUCAGAUAUAGAGGGAACAAAAGCCCCACGCAUUCUACAUGUAGGAAGUGUUGGAGAAUUACAGAAUAUAAUAUCUCCUCAUCACAUUAAAAAGGAACCAGAGGAUGGGGAGCAACAGUGUUGGGAGACCCAGUGGCAGGAAUUCCUCGGGUCACUGCAGGCUCCUCACUCAGUAUGGGGAAACACACAGAUGUCUGAGGAGCCCACACCAUGGGAGGACGCUAAAGCUUUCCUGGACUCCUUUGAGCAAGUUGCGUUGGCAUGCCGAUGGCCUCAGGAAAAGUGGGUGACCCUCCUCUUACCAGCCUUCAGUGGAGAAGCCAAGCAGGCCUUCAGCAGCCUCAGGGUCCGAGACACAAAGGAUUAUGGGAAAGUGAAGGCAACCAUAUUGCAAGCAGCAGCCAUUGCAAGAGAAAAGCAACGUCAGCGCUUCAGGCAACUAUGCUACCAAGAAGCGGACGGCCCAAGAGCAGUUUAUGGGCAACUCCAGCAAUUGUGCCAUCAGUGGCUGAAAGCAGAGAGACACUCAAAGGAGGAGAUCUUGGAACUGCUGAUCCUGGAGCAAUUCCUGACUGUCCUGCCCCAGGAAAUGCAAAGCUGGGUCCGGGAACAUGGCCCUGAGACCUGCAUCCAAGCUGUGGCCCUGGCAGAGGAUUUCCUGUUGAAGCAGAAAGAGGCUAUAAAACCAGAACAGCAGGUGCCAGAAGGUGCACAGGAGGUUGUCAGCUGUGUCCCUCCACCAGAUAAUUGGGACUUUGACAUCGAGGUCAAGCAGGAGUGGGAAGGAGAAGACAGAUUAUUAGGUGGUUUGUGAAACUGAUGCUCCCUCCUGUCUAAAGAAGCUUUGGAUAAAGCACUGAUCUUCAAGUGGGUUCUUUAACAGUAGAGAAUGGGAAGA